UGCAACAGCACUUCUUUCGUACCGAUGAUAGUAGUGUGGAACUAGAGAACCAUUUGUUUUGCACUGCAACACAUUCAAAUUCAUCGUACCGAAUGGAUCGGAGCAGCUCCCAGCAGCGCAAAAAGCGCCGUGAAUCGAAGCGCAAGUCGGGCGAUAAAAAGAAACCCAACCCCCCGAACCGUUCGGAGGAAAGUUUACAUCCCAGCUACACCAAUCUACAGCCUCCAUACUCGGCCAUUUGUCGCCAACGGUAUCACGCAAACAAUGUGCUGUAUGAGCAACAGUUCAACCACGAGCUGAAAAUGCUGGAGCUGAUGCAAAAUUCGGCCUACGAUUCGAUGCGGUUCCAUCGCCAUUUUGCCAUCACGACGCUCUGGCCACCGUUGCACACGCGCAAGGAGAUUGAGUUUGUGUUGGAUAAAUUUUUCCGCCAUCCGGAGCGACAGACACGCCGUCUGCAUGAAAUUAUGAAAGGUCCUGUCCACUAAGGGUUGCAAGAGCCGUUGUUAGCCACGUUGUUGUUAGGACAGUGUAAUAGAGACCGUUUAAUUUGGAGCUUUCAUGAGUAAACCAUAAUCCGUAAAUGCUAAAA